AGGAAUUCCUCCAUUACAGUCGUCGCCCGUUUGAGUUAUGAAAAUCCAAGUCGGCGUCGUCGGGCGCGCGGGCGUCAGGAGGCUUCGUUCGACGAGGAAGUCCGAGCGCCCGCUGAGACAUUUUGCCUCUCAAAAGUGGAACUGAAAGCUCUUUUCCUUUUAUGGGCGCCUUUGCCUUUUUUCAAAUGUGGUGCGAGGACGACUCGACUGACUGGCCCGAAAGGCGGCCAAAGUGGACGCGGAGCGACUUGGGAGUCUUUAAAUCGACGUCACCGGACUCGGAGGGGGCCGCCGACGCCGCCGUCGCAGCUGCGUCGAGUCGUGAUGAGCGCGAUCUCGCUCGCUCGCUGAGCUGAGCUGAGCUGAGCUGAGCUGAGCUGGGGGCACCUGCUCCCGGCCCCGUCCGUUCCGGGGAUGAAGGACCGGGACGCGUCGCUCGGCGUUGCGUUUGGAUGCUUGAAAACGGGCGUUCGCUUUUGGAGGCCAAGAUUCGGGUUUCAGGGCUGCUUCUAGACUAGUUGGCAAAGUUUGAGGGAGGCCAUCGUUUGGCUUUGCAAGGCUUCGUUCUUCCCGUCUGAGAUGAUCUGAAGCCCAAAAGAGCACGAGGUGAGACUUUCCGGACCUUUCUGGACUUGUUCUGGUCGCAGGAAGAAGAAGAAAGAUGGCGACAGCGGGGAGCAUCGGCGACGAAGCCGUUUUGGAUUUCAAGUGAGGACAAAAAGGGCGCUGGGACCAAAGCAGCCCGCAAACGCUACAUUCGCGCAGAGUCCUUCUCGGUGCGGCCGGCCAACGCCGCGACACGUUGGCCGGUGGUCGCAGCGGUCGCGCCACCUAGACCGCCGCCCAGACCACGAUGCCGUCGUCGGCGCGGAAAGGGGCGCUCAAAGACCCCGAGCUGGCCGAGCUCUUCUUCAAGGACGACCCGGAGGACGUCUUCUGCGACCUGCACGAGAUCGGACAUGGCAGCUUCGGGGCGGUCUACUUUGCUCGCAACUCGUAUUCCAACGAGGUGGUGGCCAUCAAGAAGAUGUCGUACAACGGCAAGCAGACCACUGAAAAGUGGCAGGACAUCAUCAAGGAGGUGAAGUUUUUGGGGCAGCUGCGGCACCCCAACACCAUCGAGUACAAAGGCUGCUACCUGAAGGACAACACGGCCUGGUUGGUGAUGGAGUACUGCCUGGGCUCGGCCUCCGAUUUGCUCGAGGUCCACAAGAAGCCGCUGCAAGAGGUGGAAAUCGCGGCCAUCUCGCACGGCGCCUUGCUGGGUUUGGCCUACCUGCAUUGCCACGACAUGAUUCACAGAGACGUGAAGGCGGGCAACAUCCUGCUGACGGAGGGGGGCCACGUCAAACUGGCCGACUUUGGCUCCGCCUCCAUGGCCUCGCCCGCCAACUCCUUCGUGGGGACCCCCUACUGGAUGGCCCCCGAAGUGAUCCUGGCCAUGGACGAGGGCCAGUACGAAGGCAAAGCGGACGUGUGGUCGCUGGGCAUCACCUGCAUCGAGUUGGCCGAACGCAAGCCGCCGCUGUUCAACAUGAACGCCAUGAGCGCCUUGUACCACAUCGCGCAGAACGACUCGCCCUCCCUGCAGGCGGGCGACUGGUCCGACGCUUUCCGGAGCUUCGUGGACUACUGCCUCCUGAAAAUUCCUCAGGACCGGCCCUCGUCGGCGGAGCUGCUACGACACGACUUUGUGCGCCGGGAGCGGUCGCCCGGGAUCCUCCUGGACCUGAUCCAGAGGACCAAGGACGCCGUCCGCGAACUGGACAACCUGCAGUACCGCAAGAUGAAGAAGCUCCUCUACCAGGAGAAGCACAACGGACCAAUGGGGGAGAGCCAGGAGGACGAGGAGGACGGCGAGGCGACCGGCUGCAAGAUGAACAGCCUGGGCAGCGACCGCUCCGCGCCCAGCGCUUCGCUCAGCACGGGCAGCAGCGUCAACAGCCUGCAGGAGGUUCCGGACGACCAGGCCCGGGACUACGGCGCCGCCCCGGACUCGUCCGCGCGCGCCCGCACGGAGCAGCGGUACAACUGGGACGACGACGCCGUCGUCCAGCACGAGAGCGGCCGGGCCCGGGACUACAAGAACCAGACCUGCUUUGCCACCAUCAAGUCGGCGUCCUUGGUGACCAAGCAGAUCCACGAGCACGAGCAGGAUAGCGAGCUGCGCGAGCAGAUGUCGGGCUACAAGCGCAUGCGGAGGCAACACCAGAAGCAGCUCAUCGCCCUGGAGAACAAACUCAAGGCCGAGAUGGACGAGCAUCGCCUCAAACUGCACAAGGAGGUCGAGACGCAGGCCAACAACGCCUUCAUCGAGCUGGAGAAGCUGGCCAAGAGGCACGCCGCGCACGCCGACAAGGAGGCGAAGGCGACGCUGGCGGACGAGAAGAAGUUCCAGCAGCAGAUGUUGACGCAGCAGAAAAAGGAGCUCAGCACAUUCCUGGACACGCAGAAGAAGCAGUACAAGCUCUGCAAGGAGAAGAUCAAGGAGGAGAUGAGCGAGGACCGCAGCACCCCCAAGAAGGAGAAGCAGGAGCGCCUGUCCAAGCACAAGGAGAACAUGCAGCACUCGCAGGCCGAGGAGGAGGCGGAGCUGCUGGCCCGCCAGCGCCUGCGACUGGAGCGCCGCGCGCGGGCCUUCAAGCGCGCCGCCCUGGUGGCCAGGCAGCGCCUGGAGCAGGAGCACGCGCGAGAGGAGCAGAACAAGAAGAAGAGCCACAAGGAGGCGGAGCACGCCGCGCUGAUCCGCCACGACGAGUCCACGCAGGAGCUGGAGGGCCGGCAGCUGCGCAGCCUCCAGAAGCUGCGCGUGGACCUGAUCCGCCUGCAGCACCAGACGGAACUGGACAACCAGAUGGAGUACAACGCCCGGCGCCAGAGGGAGCUGCGCCGCAAGCACGUGCUGCAGCUCCGCCAGCAGCCCAAGAACAUCAAGGCGCUGGAGCUGCAGAUCAAGAAGCAGUUCCAGGACACGUGCAAGGUGCAGAGCAAGCAGUACAAGGCGCUGCGCCACCACCAGCUGGAGGUCACGCCCAAGGGCGAGCACAAGGGGGCGCUCAAGGCCCUGAAGGACGAGCACACGCGCAAGUUGGCCGUCCUGGCCGAGCGCUACGAGCAGAGCAUCAACCGCAUGAUGGCCGAGCAGGCGCUGCGUCUGGACUCGUCGCAGGAGUCCGCGUGCCAGGCGCUGCUGGAGCAGCUGCGGCAGGAGCUGGAGCUGCUCAACGCCUACCAGAGCAAAAUCAAGAUGCAGACGGACGCGCAGCACCAGCGCGAGCUGCGCAAGCUCCAGCAGAAAGUGGCGCUCAGACGCGCGCACCUCCAGCGCAAGAUGGAAGAGGAGCUGCUCUCGCUGCAGAAGGACGGCACGGAACGCCUCAAACAUCUGCUGGAGCGCCACCAACGCGAGCUGGACGCCUUCGACGCGGAGAGCGCUCGCCUGGGCUUCGGGAGCUCGGCGGCGGCGCUCGACUUGGCCAAGGACGACGACUACAGAUGAGGUCGCCGAUUUGUUUUCUACUUCUGGGGACCGAGACGUGAGAGGCGCGAUGGUGAAUCAUAAGAACGGUUCUUCUUGUGAAACGUGCUAAUCGGCGGGCGUGACGGAAGGAAGGAGGAAGCACGAAAGGGCUCGUUGCCGGCGACUCUGUACAGAAAGAUGAAGGAUUUCCAGAGAGGUUUUUGCUAUUUUCGUAUUGGAUUUUAACUCCCGUUUGGCGGGCAUUUCUUCUGCGAUCCACAUCUGCCAUUUUCUGCCGCCGAUGACGACCGCGUGCACUUUGGCGGCGGCGCCAUCACAAAAUAGCGCUCGGCGCUGACGAGUUUUUAAUGCUAUUUGUUCAAUAGAGCGCUGCUGUGGACAAAACCCGCACGCACGCACGCACGCACGCACGUCGUCGUCGCUGAGCCGCAACAUCGCACGCAGACGUUUUGUCUUUUCGGAAAUGUUAACAAAAAUAUGAUAUAGACACUUUUGGCUUUUCCUUCAAAUCUUCGUUCAACAUUUUGAUUGAAAUUGUUGCCAACUGUGAUUUUCUUUUUGAUAGUUUUUCGUUUGUCAAGGGGACGUUAAAAUGCCUUUUUGUCACUAUUUUUAAUUAGAAGUUGUCACAAAGUUCAAUUUUUUGGUUGUUGCCAACUUCCUGUCUACUUUUAAUGUGAUUAAAAAGUACUUUUUUUAAAGCAAA